AAGCAGCCAUCAAAGCGGCUCAGCUCGUAGAUCAGGUGGAAGUCCUGGGAAGAUGAUGGAGGAUCAGGCCAAGCUGGGGGGCGAGGAGGAGAUGGAGAAGGCGACCCAGACAGCUCUCAGCUCAGGUGCAGACGGCGGCUCACAGCGCAACAAGGCGAGGCCUUUCAUCAUCGUCUGGAGAAAUGUCCUGCUGAUGGCUCUGCUGCACCUGGCAGCCCUGUAUGCCCUCUGGCUCAUCCCAAAGGCUCAGCCUCUAACAUGGCUGUGGGCUUAUCUUUGUUUCAUAGUAACUGCUCUCGGGGUGACAGCUGGCGCUCACCGUCUAUGGAGCCACAGAUCCUACACAGCAAAACUGCCUCUUCGCGUGUUCCUGGCUGCUGCGAACUCCAUGGCUUUCCAGAAUGAUAUUUACGAGUGGUCGCGGGACCACCGAGUGCACCACAAGUAUUCUGAGACCGACGCUGACCCUCACAAUGCCACCCGUGGCUUCUUCUUCUCUCACAUCGGUUGGCUCUUUGUACGAAAACACCCGGACGUGACUGAGAAGGGGAAGUGUCUGGAUGUCACUGACCUCCUUGAUGACCCUGUUGUUGUGUACCAGAGAAGGUACUACAAGACAUCCGUUUUGAUCAUGUGUUUCUUAAUGCCAACGUUUAUCCCCUGGUACUUCUGGGGGGAGACUCUGUGGAACUCGUACUUCCUGGCUUCUAUCCUUCGAUACACGUUGUCUCUGAAUGUCACGUGGUUAGUGAACAGCGCUGCCCACAUGUAUGGAAACAGACCAUAUGAUAGGCACAUCAGUCCCAGAGAAAACAGACUGGUUACCUUUGGAGCAAUCGGGGAAGGAUUCCACAACUAUCAUCACACUUUUCCAUUCGACUACUCAACAAGCGAGUUCGGCCUCCGGCUGAACCCAACGACAUGCUUUAUUGAUUUCAUGUGUUGGCUGGGCUUGGCGAGCAACCGGAAACGUGCCUCCAGACAGAUGAUCCAAGCGCGCAAACUGAGGACUGGCGACAAGAGUGCUUGAGCGAACAAGACAGCCUCGAGUUCUGCACGAAGAUUUCACGUUUAAAUUUGCUGUUAUUUUUAACAUGGAAAUAUAGUCAUGCAUUUCAAGCUUG